AUGGCGGCGCGUCGGAUGACGAUGCUGGCGCCAUUGUCGUCUGCAACGUCAGUCAUGUUCUCUGUUUCCAGUGGAUCAAACUCCCCUGGGAACAUCGUUUGCUCAUGGGGCCGAGGAGAGGAUGGGCAGCUAGGCCACGGUGAUGCAGAGGAUCGUCCUUCUCCAACACAACUGAGUGCUUUGGAUGACCAUGGAAUCGUUUCUGUUACCUGUGGUGCUGAUCAUACUAUUACUUAUUCAGAGUCUCACAAGGAGGUCUAUAGUUGGGGAUGGGGUGAUUUUGGGAGGUUAGGCCAUGGAAACUCCAGCGACUUGUUUACUCCACAGCCAAUCAAAGCGUUGCUUGGGAUUCGGAUAAAGCAGAUUGCUUGUGGCGAUAGCCAUUGUUUGGCCGUGACCAUGGAGGGAGAGGUGCAGAGUUGGGGACGGAACCAGAAUGGUCAACUUGGCCUUGGAGACACAGAAGAUUCUUUGGUACCUCAAAAGAUUCAAGCUUUUGAGGGAAUACGAAUCAAAAUGGUUGCUGCAGGUGCCGAACAUACUGCUGCAGUUACAGAAGAUGGUGACCUUUAUGGGUGGGGCUGGGGGAGAUACGGAAACUUGGGAUUAGGUGACAGAAAUGACCGCUGGGUACCCGAAAGAGUUGCCUCUGUUGGUGGUGAGAGGAUGACAAUGGUUGCUUGUGGAUGGCGCCACACUAUAUCGGUUUCAUACUCUGGUGCAUUGUACACCUAUGGAUGGAGCAAAUAUGGUCAACUAGGACAUGGAGACUUUGAAGAUCACCUUGUUCCUCACAAGCUGGAAGCCUUGAGCAACGGAUUUAUAUCGCAGAUAUCAGGAGGUUGGAGACACACAAUGGCACUGACCUCAGAUGGAAAGCUGUAUGGAUGGGGUUGGAAUAAGUUUGGACAAGUAGGAGUUGGUGACAAUGUAGAUCAUUGUUCUCCUGUGCAAGUGAAAUUUCCCAAUGACCAGAAAAUAGUACAAGUCUCGUGUGGAUGGAGACACACCUUGGCUGUCAGCGAACAAAAUAAUGUGUUCUCUUGGGGCAGAGGUACAAAUGGUCAGCUGGGCCAUGGAGAGUCUGUUGACAGGAACUUUCCAAAGAUAAUAGAGCCUCUAAGUGUGGAUGGAGCGAAUGGGCAACGGAUAGAAUCGUCUAACUUUGAUCCAUCAACAGGCAAGAGCUGGGUGUCACCCUCAGAGAGAUAUGCAGUCGUUCCAGACGAAACUGGUCAAAGAGAGGUGGGAAACGGAGGUGAUAUCAGUGUGCCGCAAAGUGAUUUCAGGAGGUUACGGUAUUGACGUCGGAACAGGCUGCUGCAUCCAUUCUCUCGCUGUGAGAUUCCAACCCGGCUGUCUCCUAGUACAAUUUUUGUUUUUUGGGUGGAAGUCUUCUUGGUGAUGUGGUGUGGGUUCUAAGUCUCGUUGGGAUUUGCCAUGUCGUUGUAUAAUAAGCCAUGUUAUGGUUUUAGUACAUAUUAUGAAGUGCUUGUCCGUUUCAACCAGAAUUAAUCGUCAAUAUAUAUUCUUGUUCGUUGCA